AUGACUUUGCUAGAUCCAAAAGAAAGCUGGGAACUAUUUUGUAAUAUCCUUUCUAUUGAUGAAGAUCACUUGGCCCCUAAACUUGAAAAAAUUAGGAACCAUGUCGUGGAGAAAUGUGAUGGAUUACCCCAGUUAAUUGUUGAAGUUGCCAGGCGUUUAUCUAAAUGCAACAACAUACUACAAGGGUGGAAAAAGAUUGAAAAGGAAUUAGAGUCAUUGGGACUUCUAGAUCGCAAUGCACUCAGUGUUAGUUACAAUCUGUUGCCACAUCAUUUGAAAGUUUGCUUUCUAUACUUUGGAGUCUUCCUAAAACUUAAAAAAAUUCCGGUUAAAAUGCUUAUAAGGUUGUGGAUUGCUGAGGGAUUUGUAAACCCAUUGAAUCAUAAUAACUUAGAAGGUAAAGCUUGGGUGUACUUGCAGGAUCUUAUUUUUAGAAGCCUUGUCUUAAUUGAAGAUCAAAGUUAUGGAUUCAUAAUCAAGAGUUGUAGAAUGCACAGUGCCUUGCAUAGCUUCUGCGAAAAUCCUGAAAUGUUUGUUCCUCUCAAGCUGUUGAAAGUUUUGGCUUUUGAUACUUCUAUAUCACUUCAAAGGGUACCAGUGCAAUUAGGGGAUUUAGUUUUUCUGAGAUACUUAUCCAUAACACAAUGGUUCCAGGAUCUGGAUAAUGUAGUGUCAAAUAAUCCAAAUUUAGAGACACUAGUUGUUUCCAGUAAUGGAACACCAAGAGUCCAUUUGCCAUCUAGUAUUUGGAAGUCACCACACUUAAGGCAUCUUGAACUUGGCAAUUCAUAUUUGGUAGAUCCUCCAAGUGCAGAUAAAAAUAAUUUACAAACAUUAUCUUGGGUGGUGAGACCACUUCAUUGCAGAAAAAAAGUAUACAGCAAGUUCCCAAACAUAAAAAAACCUGAAAAUUUUCCAUGUUGUAAUAAUCCUAUUAUUUUGGAUCAUUUUGACUGUUUGGAAGAGCUUGUGAAGCUUAGCAUUUCGGUUUCCAUUGGUUGUAAUGCAGCCCUUCCAGAACAGUGUAUGUAUCCUUCAAGACUGAACAGGUUGACGUUGAGUGGGACUAAUAUUUUCGAGAGGGAUUUAAAUGUAAUUGCCAUGUUACCCCAACUUAAUGUGCUCAAGUUGGAAAAUGCCUUCCAUGGAGCAGUAUGGAACGUAGUAGCUGAAAAGGGAUUUACUAAAUUAAUAUUCUUGCUCCUUGAAGCUAAAGAACUCAAGCAGUGGGUAGUUGGCCAGAAGCACUUUCAGAGUCUCAAACACUUAGUCUUAAGAUCCUGUAAUUGUUUGGAACAGAUCCCGGAAUGUUUUGGAAGAAUAUCGCUGCUUGAGUCAAUUGAGUUGGAGGGGUGUCAUUCUUCCCUUGUUGCUUCUGCCAAGCAGUUACCACAGAAGAUAAGAUUCAAGGAUGUUAAGAUCAAAAUCCUUGAUCCUGAAUAUGAUGACUCACAGAAUACACAUACAGAAUUGUCUAUGUAA